CUGCGCCAUCUCUCAGUAGAGACUCACCGGAGGCAGUCAGCAUGUCAGAAACCCGUGAAGGUCUCGUCUAUCUGAUCACUGGAGGAUGCGGUUUUCUCGGAAAGCAUCUGCUUAAUGUUUUGCUGAAGGAGGAGGACAAACUGGCGGAGAUUCGAGUGUUUGACAAGCACGUCGAUCCCGAUUUAAGCGGUCUCGGAACAGGGAGCACCAAGGUGGUUGUCAUUCAAGGGGACAUCACAGACUACAGCAGCGUGUUGAAGGCCACUCGUGGAGCAGACGUUGUCAUCCACUCUGCCAGCUUGGUUGAUGUGUGGCACAAAGUCCUGGAAACCGUCAUCCACUCGGUCAAUGUAACAGGGACGGAGAAUGUGAUCAGUGCGUGCGUGGAAUGUGGGGUUGAGCGCCUCGUCUACACCAGCAGCAUGGAAGUGAUUGGACCAAACAGCAACGGGGAUCACUUUAAGAGAGGCAAUGAAGACACGCCGUACCAGGUGAAACACACAAUGGCUUAUCCUAAAAGCAAGACCAAGGCAGAGAAUCUGGUCCUGGAAGCUAAUGGCACCCCAGUGAAAGGUGGAAAGUGUUUAUACACCUGCUCGCUGAGGCCAACAGGGAUCUACGGAGAAGGACACCAGCUGAUGAAGGACUUCUACAAACAGGGAGCUGAAAGGGGAGGCUUGAUUAUCGGGGGCAUCCCAAACCACAUUGAACAUGGGAGAGUAUAUGCAGGUAAUGUUGCCUGGAUGCAUGUACUUGCAGCUCGGGCUCUUAGGGACAACCCUCAGAAAGUUGGAGGUGAAGCUUUCUUCUGCUACGACGACUCGCCCUACAAAAGCUACGAGGAGUUCAAUAUGAAGCUGCUCUCUGAAUUUAAUUUCAGAAAGGUCUGCAUGCCUCUCGUGAUACUUUGGUUUCUGGCCAUGUUUAAUGACUUUCUCCGCUGGAUACUUAAGCCAGUGUACAACUACACCCCGCUGCUGAACCGGUACACCCUGGCUGUGGCCAGUACCACCUUCACUGUGAAAACGGACAAAGCUCAGAGAUAUUUCCAGUACCAACCCCUCUAUGAUUGGGAUCAGUGUCUAGAACGCACGCAGAAAUGGAUCAGCACAUUCCCUUUUGAUAACUUAAAAGGCUCCUAACGUAACCCUAACUGCAGCAACUCGUACCUGUGAACAGGUGUGCCCACACAAGCCGACUCCGAAGCAAACAAAUAACUCAUUCAAUUAGAGAUCAAACAGGAGAAAACAUUAUUUACAAAUUUUAGUCUUUGUUGCUUGCAAAGGACCAAACUGCAAUACAGAAGCUGACUGAAGGAUUUAUUUUGCUGAUCUUUUUCUGGAGUGAUUUGUUUCUCAGUCUGAUUUAACAUGAAUUCAUAUAUCCAGCUCCUACUAAUGAAUGUUUGUAAGCACAGAACUAAUGUAGUUUUCACAGGGAAAAACCACCAGUGUCGAAUCUGUCCUUAUGAGAUUUUUAGAAUGGAACGUUACGUUUGUAUAAUCUUCACUACAAGUGCUGGCUAUGAGAGCGCAGACCCAUUACCACUAGUGGAGGUUAAGCACAUUCAAUUGCCUCCAUUUAUGAAUGGUGUUCUAUAAAUAAAGCUGCCUUGUCUUGCCAUGCCUACCGCUCUGAUAACAUGAGCAGUUUGUGUCAUAACAAAUUUGUAUUUGUUCUUUAUUUUUAUCUUUUUAGCAUUCUUUUAAAUUAAUUUACUGAUGUGGUAUGUAACUGAGACUGGUAAUUAACUUAUUGUAUCUGUCUGUCAUUAAGAAUGCAAAACCCUGUUUGAAAAGAAUCGUUCUAUUUUAAUAAAAUAUAUAUUUAACUAUCA